CAGCCCCACUCUGCUCAGGGCUGUGCGCAGAGCCAGGGAUUAUUCUUUUAAUCAGAGCCUGUAUGGAAAUUGCUCGCAUAUAGAUUAUGGGAGCAGGGCAGGGGCAGCCCCAGGCACCGGCUCACAAGCAAUCUCAAUAUCUCAGCGGAGCAGGGAUUAACAGGAGUGUGGGGUGUGAGCGUGUGCACCCGCCCCAUUCCUUGUCUCCCUUCCGGUCCUUUGACCCUGGGUUGAUUUUUUUGGCUCAUCCUCUCACAUCUUCCCCAUGCCCACUUUCUGCCCCACCACAGAAAGUGGCUUUGGGUGCCCACUGUGCUCCUCCAUCAAGGCCCACGCAAUGGGUUAUUUCCACCGGCUCCAGGUCCACAGCACCCUUGGGUCUUCCCACCCCAGUGGUGGUGCCUUCCCUUCCUAAUGCCAUAAUCCAGCCCUUAUCCCAGGUCCCGCUGACCUUGCAGGCGCUGGACCCAGUGCUGGGCACGGCGGGGCGCGGGCACAAUAUCCACCCACCCAUGGCUGCCUUCUUCACGGCCGCCCUGAGGAACCUGCGGGGGGGUGAGGAGGAGCCCAAGGCACCCCCCAAGGACGGCAAGGCGGCUGCCCUGCCCCACGGCAUGUCCCGCGAGGAGUUCGAGGAGUACCAGCGGCAGCUGCUGGAGGAGAAGAUCGAGCGGGACAAAACCUUUGCACACAAGAAGGCAGAACGGGCAACUGUGCGCAUGCACCUGCGGGACAAGUAUCACCUGGCCCAGGAUGAGCGGGACGAUGCCCAGCUGCACGUGGCAGGCGGCGCGGUGGAGCUGCCGCCGGAGCUGGCUGCCAUGGUGCGUGGUGAGGAGGAGGAGGAGGAGGAAGAGGAGGGCACCUUCGCCUUCCUGACCAGGCUGCAGGACGUGGAUCUGGCGGCGCUGCGGGGCCGUGCGCUGGGCACUGUGGAUGAAGUGAAGGAGAAGUGCUCCCUGAUGUAGUGCUGGGCAGCAUCAGCAGGAGCAGGUGGGUUGUGGGUGUUGUGAGUGCAAUAUGCCAGGCUGGGAGGUCCUAUGCCUGUGCUAGAGGUCAGUUGUCCUCGCCUAAACCAUUCCCUGGGGUUUCUGGGGGCUCUGGGCAGAGACACUGGGGUCCUUUCCACCUGAUCCCAUCCCACGGCGUCCCCUGGUGCCACCCCAAAUCCAGCCAGGCAGCAGUGCCAGCACUGCCACCCCCACCCCUGGAAUCUCCUGAGUUCUUCGGAUCAAUAAAAGUGUCAUUUCGUGGGAUCAGUCUCGUGUUCGUGCUGCUGCACGAUGCCGCCAUACCACACAGCACUGCCUGCACCAUCCCCAUCCCACGCAGUGCCAACACCCCAGAGCUGGCUCGCACUGUAGGCUUUCCCCACCCCACACACAGCCCCACGCCCACAGUCUCACCACCCCAACCCAUGCCUGCACCCCCACAGGCUCCACAGGGGGGGAGUGUCCCCACCUGGGGGUCCCCUCUGUCCCCCCUCCCCCCGCUGCAGGCUCAGCAGCACCGUGGGCUUAAACGCCGCCGCGCGGGCGACCGCCGGAAGGCUGCAGGCUGCUGAGAUCACUAAUACCUGCCUAUUUUAGGGAGGUCUAAUCUGCCUGAAUCGCCUGUCCCCAGGGACUAAGCUCACUGAACCCGUGUAAAAUGCACCACCAGGGCUGGCCCCGAACGCCACCGCCCGACAGAGCCGGGCUGGACUCACGCUGUGCUCACAUGAAGGGAUGGCCAUGCUCAGCCGCCCCCGGGCUCCCCACACCGGGGCCAUCUGCUCCAGAAAGGCCUGCGGGGCUGUGGGUUCUGUGGGGUCUGUAGGGCCUGCGAGGCCUGCGGGGCCUGUGGGGUCUGUGGGGCCUGCGGG